AAAAAUUAGCCAAGAAUUUAAUAGAAAUAGGCGAUAUUUAUAUGACAUCAAUAAAUCCAUUAGAUGAAUUUGAAAAGUUCAGCUAUAAUGCUGGUGAAGACGAUCUCAAGAGCGAUUUCCAGCUGAUAGACGAUCCAUUAUGGUGUAUUAGAGACAACAAAGAAGUUAACAGCAAGUCUAUAAAAUCUGACACACCUACUAACUUGGGAGAUCUCGAUAAGUCACCUCUCGAGCAGUCAAAUGAGUUCCAGCCGCAACAUCACCUGACAAACUUAUUCAGCAAAAAUUGGAAUGAAUUACAGACCGUUUCACCUCAACAAGUUAGUUUAGAUUGGACACCUGCCCAAACGACUUCAGAUUUCCCAAAAACUACAAAAAAUACGUCAAGCCCCGCGACAGCUGCAUUAGCUAACUUUAACAAUAACGAUAACUAUGAUAACUACGAUAAUUUCAAACCUCUAUUUCAACCUACGGACAUCACUCAACAGAAGCCUGAUCUUCGUGCUUUUAACUCUUCAAGCGGUUCCAGUGACGAAGAAGUCAACUUACCAUCAAUUCAGCCAACAGAACCGCGACCAGCCGCUACGAUAGCGCCAGAAGCUCCGAAGGCCCCAAUAAAAGGAUCAAAAACUACCGCUCCAUCCAAGCCAUCGACGUCUAAAGACAAGAACGUUAACACUAACACUAACACUAAUGCCAACGCCAAUGCUUUGAAGGGUCAACCCACUACUACCCAUAAACGUGCUCAUGCUGAAACACAUUCACAUUCACAUCAUCGAACACCCUCUCAACCAAAAGAGAUUACUCCCCCAGAUGACAACGACCAUUAUUCACCAUCUACGUCACCAAAUUAUCAGUCAUCAGAGGAAGAAGAUGACGACAAUUAUACGUCACAGCCAACUAGACAAAGACGAAGGCGAGGACCAGCGAAGCAAACUUCGAAGAGUGAAUCAGUUGGUAAAAUACAUCCACCUAAUGAUCAUAUGCCAUAUCCAUAUGAAGUGACAUCACAAGGUCUGACAAGAUGUACUUAUACUUCACCCAUACAGCCAUUCAAUAGAUGUAGGACACUUUUUCAUCGACCGUAUGAUCUUGCAAGACAUAUGGAAACUAUACAUUCCAGAGACGAAGCUCAACUAGUGAAGAAAGGUGAAAUUACGAUGGAUCAAAUAACAAUACCUGGUCUUGCGAAGGCAUUAGAAGAAGCAGAAAAAGAUCCAAAGAAAGCUGAGAAGUUGAUAGCUGUUCAAGAAUGGAAAUGCGAUGGUAAAGGUGGUUGUGGUGGUACAUUCUCAAGGAAGGAUGCUCUAAUUCGUCAUAGAAGAUUAAGAGGACAUGGUGUACCGAAGCAAACAUAAAAUUGUAAUGAUAAUUAAAAUGUAUCUCAACUCUUUACACCCGUUGCAAUAAAGAACGGUAUCUUAUU